UACGCGAUGAGCAGAUCCCUGUGCAUAGUUCUUCUCCUGGGAAUCCUCUGCCUGGAGAAUCUCCAGGCACGCUCCGUUCCGGACGGAGAACGCCAUAGAUACGUGCGCAGACGCAUCUCCCCCGACGAUCCCGAUCUGGAGAUCAUCGAGGUCAAGGAGGUGUUCUAUGUGCGUCGUCCCAAGAAGGUGGUGAUCCCACUCGACGAGGAUGAAAUCGACUGGCGCAUUCGCUGUGACUUCGAACCAAAUCUUCCAGAGUGUGGGGAUUUGGUUAAGAAACCAGUGACUCCCAGUUUGCCCAGAAGGCCACCCACAACCACAACCACUCAGCCGCCCACAACUACCAAAAGCACCACUCGUAGGACCACCACCACUCCGGAACCACUGAGGGAUGAGGCCAUGGAGCGUAGGAUUCGCUGUUAUAAUGAUCCCACACUGGAGGAAUGUGCACCCUCUACCACUACUAGUACUAGUACUUCAACUACUACGACUACAACGGAGUUACCCAAAAUGCCUGAUUUAAAUGAAGCAGAACCUGAACCUGAACCUGAACUUGAACCUGAGCAUGAACCAGUAGUUGAAGAAGAAGAGGUCGAAGAGAAAGCUGAAACUGAACCAGAAGAGGAAGUAGAAACCGGAACUGAACCAGAAGAGGAAGCAGAAACCGGAACUGAACCCGAAAAGUAUAUUGAAACUAAUACCGGUCCCGAUGUCGAAAAAGAGCCCGAAACUACAGCCGAUACCCAGUUGGUUGAGGAGGCCACAGAGGCACCAAGUUCCGGGGAAAACUUCGUUUUGUCAAACGACGAUGACGAAAGCGAUGUCGAGGAUGACGAGGAUCAGGAGGAUGAGGAUCAGGAUGAGGAGGAUCUGGAUCUGGAGGAGGAGGCUGCCAUGGAGAGGGAGAGGGAGGGGGCUUCUCCCUAUAUUGGCCAGCACGAUGCCGGCGAUUGGAACUAGGCCUUAAUUGGAAGAAACGCAUGAUUGGGGAAAUUCGAUUUGCUCUCUUUUGUUUUAAUUGGGUGUCAAUAAAAUUACAAAUUACGGAA